AAUUCAGUGUUCUCUGUCCUUUUCAGAGACACGUAUCCAUCAGGAAUCAUGAGCAACCCAUUUGCACACCUUGCUGAGCCUUUGGAUCCUGCACAACCAGGAAAGAAAUUCUUCAAUUUGAAUAAAUUGAAGGAUCCAAGAUAUGAACGCUUACCAUUUUCUAUCAGAGUUCUCCUGGAGGCAGCCAUUCGGAACUGUGAUCAAUUUUUGGUGAAGAAAAAUGAUGUUGAAAAUAUCCUAAAUUGGAAUGUCUUGCAGCAUAAGAACAUAGAAGUGCCAUUUAAACCUGCCCGCGUCAUCCUGCAAGACUUCACGGGUGUGCCAGCUGUGGUUGACUUUGCUGCCAUGCGUGAUGCUGUAAAAAAGUUGGGAGGAAAUCCAGAGAAAAUAAACCCCAUCUGUCCUGCUGAUCUUGUCAUUGAUCAUUCCAUCCAGGUUGAUUUCAGCAGAAGGGCAGACAGUUUACAGAAGAAUCAAGACUUGGAAUUUGAAAGAAACAGAGAACGAUUUGAAUUUUUAAAGUGGGGUUCUCAGGCCUUUUGCAAUAUGCGGAUUAUUCCCCCUGGCUCAGGAAUCAUCCACCAGGUGAAUCUGGAGUAUUUGGCAAGAGUGGUAUUUGAUCAGGAUGGAUACUAUUACCCAGACAGCCUCGUGGGCACAGACUCGCACACCACUAUGAUUGAUGGUUUGGGCGUUCUCGGCUGGGGUGUGGGUGGCAUCGAAGCAGAAGCUGUCAUGCUGGGCCAGCCAAUCAGCAUGGUGCUUCCCCAGGUGAUUGGCUACAGGCUGAUGGGCAAUCCCCACCCUCUGGUAACAUCCACUGACAUCGUGCUCACCAUCACCAAGCACCUCCGCCAGGUUGGGGUAGUGGGCAAAUUUGUUGAAUUCUUCGGGCCAGGAGUAGCCCAGCUGUCCAUUGCUGACCGAGCUACCAUUGCCAAUAUGUGCCCAGAGUAUGGAGCGACUGCUGCCUUUUUCCCAGUUGAUGAAGUCAGUAUCAAGUACCUGGUGCAGACAGGUCGUGAAGAAGAAAAGGUAAAGCAUAUUAAAAAGUAUCUUCAGGCUGUAGGAAUGUUUCGGGAUUUCAGUGACCCCUCUCAAGACCCAGACUUUGCCCAGGUUGUGGAAUUAGAUUUGAAAACAGUAGUGCCUUGCUGCAGUGGACCCAAAAGGCCUCAGGACAAAGUCGCAGUGUCUGACAUGAAAAAGGACUUUGAAAGCUGCCUCGGAGCCAAGCAAGGAUUUAAAGGAUUCCAGGUUGCUCCAGACCAUCAUAAUGACCAUAAGACGUUCAUCUAUAAUAACAGCGAGUUCAGCCUUGCUCAUGGUUCCGUGGUCAUUGCUGCCAUCACGAGCUGCACAAACACCAGUAAUCCAUCUGUGAUGUUAGGAGCAGGCUUGUUAGCAAAGAAAGCUGUGGACGCUGGCCUGAGCGUGAAGCCUUACAUCAAAACUAGCCUGUCUCCUGGAAGUGGUGUGGUCACCUACUACCUGCGAGAAAGUGGAGUCAUGCCUUACCUGUCUCAGCUUGGGUUUGACGUGGUGGGCUAUGGCUGCAUGACCUGCAUCGGCAACAGUGGGCCCUUGCCUGAAGCUGUGGUAGAAGCCAUCACACAGGGGGACCUCGUAGCUGUUGGAGUACUGUCUGGAAACAGGAAUUUUGAAGGGCGAGUUCACCCCAACACCCGGGCCAACUAUUUAGCCUCUCCACCCUUAGUAAUAGCUUAUGCGAUUGCCGGCACCAUUAGGAUUGACUUUGAGAAAGAGCCACUGGGGGUAAGUGCAAAGGGGCAACAAGUAUUUCUGAAAGACAUCUGGCCAACCAGAGAUGAGAUCCAGGUGGUGGAGCGCCAGUACGUCAUCCCCGGGAUGUUUAAGGAGGUCUACCAGAAGAUAGAGACUGUGAAUGAAAGCUGGAAUGCCUUAGCAGCCCCAUCCGAUAAGCUGUAUUGUUGGAACCCCAAAUCUACCUACAUUAAGUCACCACCAUUCUUUGAAGACCUGACUUUGGAUCUUCAGCCCCCGAAAUCUAUAGUGGAUGCCUAUGUGCUGCUAAAUUUGGGAGAUUCAGUAACAACUGACCACAUCUCUCCGGCUGGAAAUAUUGCAAGAAACAGCCCUGCUGCUCGCUACUUAACUAACAGAGGCCUGACUCCACGAGAAUUCAACUCCUAUGGCUCCCGCCGAGGUAACGAUGCUAUCAUGGCGCGGGGGACAUUUGCCAACAUCCGCUUAUUAAACAAAUUCCUGAACAAGCAGGCACCACAGACUAUCCAUCUGCCUUCUGGAGAAAUUCUUGAUGUGUUCGAUGCUGCUGAGCGGUACCAGCAGGCGGGCCUUCCUCUGAUCAUUCUGGCCGGCAAGGAGUACGGCUCAGGCAGCUCCCGAGACUGGGCGGCCAAGGGCCCUUUCCUACUGGGAAUCAAAGCUGUCCUGGCUGAGAGUUACGAGCGCAUUCACCGAAGUAACUUGGUCGGGAUGGGGGUGAUCCCCCUCGAAUAUCUCCCUGGGGAGAAUGCAGACGCCCUGGGACUCACGGGGCAGGAACGAUACACUAUCAGCAUUCCAGAAACCCUCAAACCACGAAUGAAAGUCCAGGUCAAGCUGGACACCGGCAAGACCUUCCAGGCCGUCAUGAGGUUUGACACCGACGUGGAGCUCACAUAUUUCCACAACGGGGGCAUCCUCAACUACAUGAUCCGCAAGAUGGCCAAGUAGGCCCUGCUUUCGUCGGCGACCGGCACUUCCGCCGCAGCCGGAAGGAGCGCAGCGCCCCCCGCCGGCGUGUCCCAAGCCAACGCCGCCCCGCCCCGCCCGGCCGCACGAGGGCGCUGCCGUCCCAGGGUGGUCUGCGACACGGUUGCCUUCAUCCGCGCACAGAAUCAGCCGUUUCUGUGUUCUCUAUUUCUGUUCAUCUUUUUAUCUUUUUCUAGCACUUGGAAGCUUAGAAUGGUGGGGUUGUCAGUAAUGCCAGAAAGAGCGAGUUGAGCCCUCCGUAAGGUUACUGAUCACAGAAUGUUGAUUUUUCACCCUUAGCCUGUUGACGUUCGGCUGAACACGAGUACGUCCCCUGCCCGUUUUGGGGCUCCGCUCUGUUACUUUCUGAGCAAUGAAACCUUUCGCUUGAGAGCCAUUGGCCUCUGCAUCCUGUACCGGUGUUAACUGGACAGAGUAGAGGGGAACUGGUUCUCACUUCAAAUCGCGUUGGUGAUUGUGAUCCCCCCGCCCCGCGUUUUCCUUCAGAGUGAAUGAUCCGGACACCUCGUGGACGGGUCAGACGUGGAAAUUUUUUGAUUAUGUACCUUUUUUUAGAUCAACACUAAAGAAAUACGAAGGUUUCUUUUACAGUCUUCAAAAGUUUUCCCCAGAAAAUGUUUCACGUAUCAGAACUUUGGAAGUGAUUUUGGAGAGAGAUACAGAACAUUUCUAAUUUGAAUAAGAUUAAAUCUAUUUUCAAGGAAAA